AUGAUUUAGUAAUUGAAUUUAAAGUUAAAAUGUUAAUAGGAUGAUCAUUAAGAUGAGAUAGACAUAGUUUGUUAUAAUUAAUUUUGUACAGAAUUCAGAUUAAAUUGUUUUAAAUGUUAAAAAAAAGGAAGAAUCCAUCAAGAUCAUUUUGAUGAUGUUGAAAAAAUCAAUAGUUUAAUUGAAUUCAUUGAAAAUAAAAAUAAAGAAUGUGAUAAUUUAAUUAAUGAUCUUAACUAAUAAGUAGAAAGUGUAAAUCAAUCAUUUUCUUAAUUAAAAAUAGGAAUCAGAUAGAAAUAUUAAUUAUAUUAACAAAAAUUAAUACUUUUGAAUUCUUAAUAAAUAAAUGAUUUCUUGAAUUCUACAAUCAAAUUUAAUGAAUAUAAACAAUCAAUUACAACAAUCUUCUUAGAAUAAACUAAAAAAUUAACUAAUUCAUUUAAUAAUUUAUAUCAAUAAUUAUAAUUAUCAUCAUUUAAUUAUUAUUAAAAUGAUAAUAAUUGUAUUCAAAUAUCUGAAGAAUUAUAUUAAAAAGGUAUUAAUUAUAUAUUAUCAUUAACUUAGGUUAUUAAUUAUAUUAAGAAGAUAAGUAUGAAUAGGCCAUUGUAAUUUUAGAUAAAUCAAUAUCAUAAAAUCCAAAUAACCAUAUUUCUUUAUGGUGUAAAGGUGAAAAUAAUAAAUAAUUAAUAGGGGAUUGUUUAAGAUUAUUAAAUCAAUAUGAAGAAGCAAUCAAAUGGGUGAAAAAAGCAUUAGCUAUUGAUCCUAAGCAUGUUAUAUCCUUAUGUAAUAAAGGUAUAUUGAAUCAUAAUUUAAUUAAUAAGUGAAUGUUUACACAAUUAGUAUGAAUAUAAUUAAAUGUAAGAUUAAUGAAAAAAUAUAGUCAAUCUUUAUAAUUUAUAGAUUAAGCACUAUCUAUUAAUUAACAACAUACCCCUUCUCUAUAAAUUAAAGGUCCCUAUUAUAUAUUUAAUUUUUAGGAGAUUGUUUAAAAGAUUAAUAAAAAUAUAAAGAAGCUUUGAUAUAUUAUGA